AUAGUUAGCCGCUGCAUUCCAACACACGCUCUUAUCUCAGUCUUGGUUCCAUAGUCACCUCAUGACACAUGCAUUUGUCUAAUGCCCCAUUGCAAUGACUGUCACCGAUGUAGAGCCAGCGGGAAGCUCUGAAUGAGGAGACGGAAGGCUGGAGUCUCAAGAAGGCAAGUGCGACUGACCAAUGCCAACAUUCUUAGCUGCUUUGGCCGAGAUCUGCCCCAUGGGUAAUUUCAGCGCAACACUUUCCCCCUAGGUGACCCGGGGUCAUCCACAACACGCAUCAAGAGGUAGUGAGGCUGAGAAGUAAGGAAGGGCAUCACGAAGUUGGAGGCUUCCUUCUCGAAAUCCAACCAAUUGCCACCACGAAAACAACGGCUCCCCAAUUACACACACACACACACACACAAACGCUCAUGGCUUCAUCUUAACUCCGAUUAUGAGCUUUGCACAUUUGUGGGCAGUGGGCAUGUCACCUGGAUAUGUGCUAACUUUCACUCCUCUCCCAUCCCCUAACUCUUGCACUUCUGUCUGUGAUGUCAGCCAGCAUUCCCAUUCCCCCACUGAAAGGAUUCAUAUUUGUGAAGGGAGCAGUGAAGAAAUGAAUGCAAUUUAGCAGCUGAUUACUGUUGUAACAGUCCCGUAAAAUCCAUGAACUUGGAUGAUUUAAUGGUCCCGAACGACUCCAGUUUGACAAUGCUCAGUGUUAAAUAGUCUCGAUGCUUUGGAUGGGGAUUAAUGUAUAUUCUAACUAGGGGAUGGGGAGACUCCGUGAUGAUUGGCUGCAUUUGCAUUACAUCACCUCUAUUGGCUUGCCGCUAUUUCUCUGGACCGAAGAAAGAGUCAGUGCCUUCACGGAACAGCAUCACAUCCUACUCAGUCUCCACCGGCUCUCCCAACACGAGUUAAUGGGAGCAGGGAACUCUGCUCCCUUCCCCCCGAAAAGGACGGCGACCAAGUAAGGCGGGGGAGGGGUGGCUGGGGCGGGGGUGUCAUUUCCUGAAAGCUACUCAGAAAAUGUUCCAGAAGAGGUUCGACGGACGCUCAAAAGUAUUUGGCCAUAACUCCCAGCUAGCAGAGGUAGCACAACGAUCCCAGCUCUCGAAAUUCCUUGGGCGAAUCCUCCCAAGGAUUGUAACAGUGCCUCAAGAGUGCUUAUGAAAGCAGAUAUGAAGGCUGCGGGGGACUUCAGGAACCUCAUCUGCACAUGUAUCAUGACUGCCUGUAUUGAUCACUGCCUGUUGAAGGGUCACUCAGCAGCAUGAGGGCGAGAUUUGAAGUACCAGGUACAACACAGCAAGCUCUGGCUUUGCUUACGCCACGUUUCUGUAUUGGACUGCCACUGGGAGACUGCCUCUAUCAAGUUGGAUUUGUAAUGGGUUCUAUGUAUAACACGUUUGUUCAAACCUUUCUGCUGAAAAUGGAGAAUGUAACAUUUGAGAAAGCUGGAGCCAACAAUUCAAACUUAACUGUUGAAGUGACAACGACCAGCCCUUACAAGACUGUUGAGAUUGUCUUCAUUGCUGUUGUGACUGGAUCCCUUAGCUUGGUCACAGUGGUGGGUAACAUAUUGGUCAUGCUAUCCAUCAAAGUUAAUCGCCAAUUGCAGACUGUUAACAACUACUUCCUAUUCAGCUUGGCAUGUGCCGAUUUGAUCAUUGGAGUCUUUUCCAUGAACUUGUAUACUGUCUACAUUAUUAAAGGCUACUGGCCUCUGGGACCUGUUGUCUGUGACUUGUGGCUAGCUUUGGACUACGUUGUGAGCAAUGCUUCUGUAAUGAACCUUCUGAUUAUCAGUUUUGAUCGAUACUUCUGUGUUACAAAGCCACUGACAUAUCCGGCUCGAAGGACCACCAAAUUGGCUGGGCUGAUGAUCGCGGCAGCUUGGAUACUCUCCUUCAUCUUGUGGGCUCCAGCCAUCCUUUUUUGGCAAUUCAUUGUUGGUGAGCGUAAGGUGAAAAAAGGACAAUGCUACAUUCAAUUUUUCUCCAACCCUGUUGUGACCUUUGGCACAGCCAUCGCAGCAUUCUACCUUCCAGUUGUCAUCAUGACUGUUUUGUACAUCCAAGUCUCCUUUGCCAGCAGGAGUAGAAUGAAAAGUCAUAGGACAGACAGUCAGAAGGAGAAUACUUCUCGAUCUUCCAAUUUCUUCAAGAGUCACUUCAGCAAACAACAGAAUAACAACUCUCCCAAGCCAGCAACGGACUCCUCCAGUGACACUGUGAGGAAUGGAAAGGUAGAGGAAAAGCCCUCCACAAAACAGGUGUCUCUGAGCCAUCGUGAGGAGAAGGAGACCUCCAAUGAGUCCAGUUCAGCCAGCACUGUCCUACCCAACCUCAAAGAGAAAGGCACCAGUGACGUCAUACAGCAUGCACAAGUCCCAAAGCUGUCCAAAAUGCAGAGCUCCAAAUGGUCAAGGAUCAAGAUCGUCACCAGGCAGACUGGCAAUGAAUGUGUCACUGCCAUCGAGAUCAUGCCUGGAAAUGCAACCAACAACACAGCUGCCAACAAGCCCGGCAUUGUCGCCAGGAAAUUCGCUAACAUUGCAAGGAGCCAAGUGCGAAAGAGACGCCAGGUGGCUGCCAGGGAGAAAAAGGUUACGCGGACAAUCUUUGCAAUCCUCCUGGCGUUUAUAUUCACCUGGACUCCUUACAAUGUCAUGGUUCUCAUCAGCACCUUCUGUGAUGACUGUGUCCCUGAGACUGUUUGGGUCAUUGGGUACUGGCUGUGCUACAUCAACAGCACUGUCAACCCAGCAUGUUAUGCCCUCUGCAACAUUACCUUUAAGAAGACUUUCAAACACUUGCUAUUGUGCAAAUACAAGAACAUUGGCAAUGCAAGAUAAAGUGAAUGCCAGGAUCUGGUCUGCAAUGUGUGCCGCUGCAGACUUAAAGAUGUAAAUCUUCUAAAGUGGUAUUUCCGGAGAUACCAGACUUACACUGUGCUUGUAUUUUCAGUAUAAAAUUCUGUUUCCCUUCCUGAAGUAAAGCAUGUACAUACCAUAUAAGCAAAGAGAUGACAGUGUGAAAAAAGUCAUAACACAUCUUAAUAUUGUGCAGGUGCUAGUGGUAGACCAAGUCAGAAAUGUGCUUUUCCUUGUAUCCAGCUUCAGCUCAGCAACUCCAAUUGUGUCAGGAUACAGAAGCUUGAUAUGUUGAGAAAUUUACUAAACUACUGUUACAAAACUUUAAAUAAAAGUAUAAGAUAUCUAGACAGCUGUGACAUGACCGAGUGAAUGCUGUGACUGGCAUUUAAUGGUUGAUAUCAAAAAUCCCAGGAAUGGUUUUUUGACAUCACCUACACUCCCACAUUAAGUUACAGCCCUUCCCUCACCAUUAGUCAUUUAAACAGUGUAAUGUGAUCUUGGCAAAGUGAACAAGCCCAUGUGAAAGCUUAUGUGUACCGACAGGGGCUGGUGAGUAGAUACAAUGAGGCUAUCACUGCCAAAUGUUACAGAAAGGUAGAAUAUCAGUACGAUAUGACCUUUAUUUAUAAUGGAAUUAUUUAAAAAUAAAGCAGAUAUGGUCAGGGCAUAUAAUAAAAAUGAACUUCUUGUAAUCUUUCCAAUAAUGCUACAGCUGGUGUAACUUUUACCCUUUAAUAUUAUU